AUCGGCUUCUGUUAUUUUCCAGCGUGAAAUUAACGUGUCAUAUUUCGCCGGUCGGUGAUUGUCGUGUUGUUUUUCCAUUUUUUCACUGGUUCAAACGUUAACGGACAGUCGCUGGCGGUCGGUGAAAGUCGGUGUCGCAGAUUAAAGUAAACUCAAAGAUGAAAAUGUUGGACCCGGAGCGGCGGUGUGUAUGAACCGCUACAUGCUACGUGUACAGUAGCAGUUAACGUGAGGGAGGCUGGCAGGCAGCUAGCAGACAGACAGACAGACAGACAUGGACCCAGAACAGACCGGUUAGAAACAUGGAUUUUAACUUUUGAGUUUACUGAUCAAAUGUUAACAAGCUGUAAAACGGAAGAGCCGGAGGGUUUGUGUGGUCGAAGAGUUAGCAAAGAAUUAGCAUGGGGGACAGUUUGGGUUAGGCAACAUUUCCACAUGAGAAAGGAUGCAGGAGUGAAAAACCUGAGAGACAACACAACUCUUCACUGUCGCUUUUUACAAGCUGAAGGCUCCGUCUUUGUUUUUCUUUGAGCCCGACUGAAAUCAGCUGCGAGACUGUAAAGAUGAUGUAUUCAUCGAGAAGAAAGCCUGUCCUGUACUUCAAAGAGGAGAGGAGGUUCCUCUCUGGUAAAUGUACCGUCUACAAGCUGUUCGGCCUCUGCAUGGUGCUGCUGCUCGUGUCUCUGCUCUGGCUGCAGCUCAGCUGUUCAGGUGACAUGUCCGCCACCGGGAAUGAAGACAGACGCCGCCCCCAGCAGCAACCGCCGCCGCCGCCGCCCUGCCCGGCUGACAGUCAGGCGUCUGCAGCGGACGACCCCUCCUGGGGUCCUCACAAAUUGGCCCUCAUCAUCCCCUUCAGGGAGCGCUUCGAGGAGCUGCUGGUGUUUGUUCCCUUCAUGCACACAUUCCUCAACAAGAAGAAGAUCCGCCACAAGAUCUUCGUCAUCAACCAGGUGGAUCACUACAGGUUUAACCGAGCGUCUCUGAUCAACGUGGGUCACCUGGAGAGCGGGAACGACACCGACUACCUGGCGAUGCACGACGUGGAUCUGUUGCCUCUGAACGAAGCUCUGGACUACGGUUUCCCAGCGGACGGCCCGUUCCACGUGGCCUCGCCGGAGCUGCACCCGCUGUACCACUACAAGACCUACGUGGGAGGAAUCCUGCUGCUCACCAAGAAACAAUACAGCAUGUGUAACGGGAUGUCGAACCGGUUCUGGGGUUGGGGCCGAGAGGACGACGAGUUCUACAGAAGACUGAGAAAAGCUGAGCUGCAGCUGUUCAGACCGAGUGGAAUCACGACAGGAUAUAAAACCUUCCUCCACAUCCACGACCCGGCCUGGAGGAAGAGGGACCAGAAGAGGGUCGCGGCUCAGAAACAGGAGCAGUUUAAGGUGGAUCCAGAGGGGGGGCUGACUAACCUUCGUUACCAGGUGGAGUCCAGACAGGAGCUGACCAUCAGCGGCGCUCCCUGCACCGUCAUCAACACCAAACUGGAGUGUGACCAGAGCCAGACGCCCUGGUGUCUUCUGGGAUAGAGGGCGUCCGCGGGGCCGGCGCGGGUUCGGUUCCCACCGGAGUGCGAGUCUCUGGCCGGUCGGGGUUCCAGUUUUUGCCAGGAGACUUUCUGUGGCUGGUUUUAAUGGAUGCAGCUGGAUGAAGCUCACGGUACAAACACACAUAUUGAUCGCUGAUUCAUUGAUUCUCACGCUGAACAGAGGCAGGACUGAACCACGCGGUGACCUGGACUUUAACGUCCCUGAUCAAACAAAGCUUCCAGCUCAGCAGUUAAACCCCUGUUUUACAUCCUGGUCCCAUUCUUCAUCAAACCGCUCAGUUCAUGAAAAACUCAGCUGAGGUGGGCUGCUGUCGGACGUCCUGCGACGCCACACCUGAGCUGUUUGAUGGAUUCCUACCUGCGUGGAAGCAGAGUCUAUUUUUUUACUGUGGGAUUGUGCAAACGGAGCCGAAGCAGCGACGGCAUCGUACUGUGAGCUCAGAGCGUCCUGCUUUUCAUCCACGUCGGACUAAAUGUAAAAAUCCUUCACAAGCAGAAGUAGUUUGUUUGAAUUUCCUGCUGAUGCUCAAUGAGUGUAUGAACCUUUAUUUUUUACAGUGCGUCAGUGAAUCACCAAAGAAAAAAACUGGAGACUAAUUACAACUUUGUAUUUUAUAAUUACAGGAUGUUUCUCCUCGUAAUUCUGUCUCCAGGUUUCUUUCCUUUGGUGCAGGUGAUGGUUCUCUACAAAGUAAACUGAGCCAAACCAGGCCGGACUGAACUGAUCUGCAGCAGAAUCAUAAGAAAGAACCGGAACAGGAGAAGAUUUCAUGGCAGGAAAAAUAAUCAAUUACAGAAUCCAGCAUCUCUGCUCUCGAUUAUUUAAGCUUUUAAAAUGUAUCUUUUUGUUUUGACUGAGAACCAAAACCUCCUGCUCAUCAUCAGUCACAUGAUCACUUCAUUCAUCUGAUUAACGGUCUGUCUGUCAACGCCAGAGCUGAAACCAUCUCACCACAACGUCCAGCUUGUGGUCAUGUGACCUUCCUCAGCAGCUGGAGGGUUUCUGACGCCUCGUCAAUAAUUAAACAUGCUGAUGAAGAUCAUGUGACUUGAUCAAAAGGUCCAGAACAGCCACUAAUGGACCCUGAGGAGAGAAACUGUUGCUGAUUCAUUUUCUGCUGAUUCACUUGGAUCUGAUCUGAUCUGAUCUGACCUGGUCUGACCUGGUCUGACCUGAUCUGGUCUGGUCUGA